GCCCGCGGGCUAGAGACGCUUUACCGCCCGGCGGGAGCGCCUCUCCUCUGCGUCCCUUUCCGCAGCUCCCUGCCCGCCCCACUUUGGGGCCCUCCAGCCGCUUUCCCCACAAAUAAGAUCUUUGCAAUAAGCAAACGAAAGUGGCGCGGAUUUCGGGGCGCCCAGCCGGAGCGAGCGCAGCCGCCAGCCUCAAGUCCGCAGCCGGGUCCCGUGCCCCACGCCGGCCUCUCCGGCGGCAGCCGGAUACGAGCGCCAGCACCGGCGGGACAGCAGCAGAUGAGGGCCGGGAGCCGGGCAGGGGCGCAGAGGCGGCGGGGACCGGCGCGGCGGGGAGCUCACCGCGAGGCUGGAGGCUGCGAUCGCGGGCGCACCAGGAGCUCAGGCGGCGGGCGAUCGAACGCUCUGUGGCGGGCGGUGGACGCUGCUGAAGAGGUGCCUUCCCCCAAGGAGCCACCACUCAUGCUUGGAGACACGUGCCUGGACUUUUUGAGGGCGCUGACCUUGCGCUCGCUCCCCUCUCUGGCGAAGGACACGCUUGCUGGCGUCAGCCCGGCUGGACUGGGAAGUCCGACGGAGGACCCAAACUGGAAGCCUCCACGCCAGACAGCACAGACCACCCAAAGGCUGCUCGACCCACCCAAAGCCAAAAGAGCUCCCCUGCCAGGACCUCAGUGCUGUGGAGACUGCAGGAAGCCUGCUCUGCCCACACCUGCUCUGGCCCCUAGAAACACCUGGAGCCCACCACAGAACUCCAGAUCCCAGCUGUGUGACUCAGAAUCCACACCAGCCUCUCUGAGCCACAGCUGCUUGCAGAAGCAGGCGAUCCCGGUCUGAAGACCCCUGCACAGAGCCUGUGGCCCUCUCUGCCAGGCCUCAGGGUGCCUGAGACACUUACCUCUCUGCCUCUGCAGUUGGGGCUGGGACUGGGACUGGCUGCCAGCCUCAGUUCUGGGAGCACUGGGGUCGCCUGGGCCACAGGCCACAGCAGCUCACCUCAGGACUGGACUCUCUGGCCACUCUGGCCUGCUGGGGCUCAGGCUGUGGGGCAGGCUGGGCAGGGGGCUGAGCCGGCAGCGAUUCGGAGGCCUGGAGCUGGGGGCUGGAAUUCACCUCCGCCCACACAAGCUCAGUGGUGACUCUUCGGCCCCUGGGGAAAAGCAAAAAGAUGUUGCUGAGAUUACCUCAUUUAUUUAUUUGUUUAUUUAUUUAGAGACAGAGUCUCACUCUGUCGCCAGGCUGAAGUGCAUUGGUGCAAUCUCAGCUCACUGCAACCU